CCAAAACCUCUGUCACUCUUCUUCUUCUUCUUCUUCUUCUUCUUUAGAGAAGCUGCUGUCUCUUUUCUUCUGCUUGAUUCUACAAUGGGUUUCUAUCCUCCAGAAACUCCACCUUCUCCUCAUCUGUACCCACAAGAACUUCAGCUGAAACUGUACCAGGCUUUCAUAUUCUCAAUCCCAAUUCUGUUCACCAUCAUUCUGGUUCUCUUGUUCUAUCUUUUCUACCUCAAGAGGAGAGCUUCAACACUUUCAUCCUCCCUUCCAACCACCAAUUCUUCCAAUCAAGCUGCUGCUGCUGGUGGUUCCCAUUUGUCUGCUGUUUGUCAGGUUGGCCUGAAAGAAAAGCUGAGUGAGAAGCUCCAAGUUGUAUUGUUUGAUGAAGAGUUGAGAUCAAAGGAAUCACAGUGUUGUGUGUGCUUGGGAGACUUCGAGAUGAAAGAAGAGCUGCUCCAAAUCUCAUCAUGCAGGCAUGUGUUCCACAUGGAUUGCAUCCGUCACUGGCUCCUCAACAACUCAACCUGUCCGCUAUGUAGAUGUUUUGUCAUCCCGACAACCGCCAUCAAGCUCACUAACGUUCCACAUCAAUCUAGUGGCGACAUGCCUCCUGCAGCGAUGGUGCAACAACAUAACACGGCGAGAUACGAACAUCAGGUGAACAUUAGUACGCAUGCAGAGCGACGUCAACUGCAAGAAGAAGAACAUGUCGCCGCGAGUCCAGUGGGAACAUAGUUCGAUACACAUUGUCGAAGGGUCUUCUAGCUCACAAUGACAUUUCUUGAUUUGAGUUACCGUUUCUUUUUCUUUUACUUCUUCCUCAUUGAUUCUAACUUCAUUUGGUAAAAGAGAGGGGAUUCCUCAAAAAAAGAGAGAGGGAAAGAAAGCUAGGGAAAUCAAAGAACCUAGCUACAGAAAUCAACGGAGCUAGCUAGCUAGCUUGUCUUCUUCUUGAGUCGAGUACAAAUAAAAACACGUGAGGCAUAUAACACCUUGAUUAUCACAAGGGGGAAAAGGUUACAUUUGCAUAUUGAAUUACGUUAACAAAGCGUUAUCGGAAUUGAAUCAGUUGCACGUUAUAUCUC